UGCGGGCUCAUGCCAUUCUUCCCGACGUCUACCGAUCGCAUGCCCUAGGGCAACCCCGUCGACUUUCCUCCUCGCACACGAGCUCCCUCUCCGGUCGGCGAGCCUCGCCGCCAGCGCCCCCUCCUCCUCACACGUGUGAGCCUGGUUUCCCCCCUUCCUUCGCGAUCGAAGCCGCGACCCCCUAUUCGCGUGCCCUAGCUUCUCCUAGCGAAAGCCGCCGGCGUAUUCUUCCGCCCAAAGAUCCUCGCCGGCGAACACUCUACUGCCUUCUCUCCUCCGAGCCGAGGCCAUCCCCGGGGUUCUCUUUUAGCAGAGAGGCCGAACCUCUCGGCGUGCCCUAGUUUUCGUCGCGCCAUCCUUAGCCCGAAGCUCUCGCCGGCCGGCGCUCAUCGUCGACGCUUUGCUCCAGCCGGUCUCAGUUCUCCCUCACCAGCGUCCUUCCUCGACCGAGCUCUCUCUCGGCGAAGCUUCCGACAACAAAGCUACCGCUGAAGCCUACUCCACCUCGCCGGCGCAGCCUCUUGGUCGGAGUCCCUCCCUUCUGGUUCGCAUUCCAUUUAGGGCAGAGAAACUUCGUUUGAUGGGCACCAACCGUAUCUCAACUUGAAGAGGCCGAUGCGUCUUUUAUCCUUGUGAGGAGAGCUUCUUCCCAGACUUUGCUGGACGAUGAGCAACCAACGCGACGGCUUUUGCUGAGGAACCACUUGCUGUAGCGUCAAAGGUUUCCAAGACUUCAUCCAAUUCUCAUUCCAUACAUGCUAAGAUGGAAUGGCAUCCUCAGUUGCUGGCAAAAGUGGCAGCUUGUCUCGCGAUGCUUUAGCGAAAGCUAAGAAAGCUUUGCAAAUACAGAAACAAUUGUCGGAAAAGCUGAAGAAGCUUCCUGUGCUAAAUAAGCAGUCCAGUGCAGGUUAUGUUGAUAGUCUUCACGCAGAAUCUUUGAAACCUUCAGGUGCUGCAAGUAGACAUGGUGCUUCUUUUUCCUCGUCUGCUUCUACUUCAAUGCCUAUUCAGAUGCCAUCUGCUCCAAAUGUUUCUGUUGGGUCUGCACCAUCUGGGAAUGCAUUAAAUGCAGGUCGUGAGGGUAACGCACCUCUCCUUGCAACUGCAGCUAGUUAUGAGGCAGUGAAGCGUGCACAAGAGCUUGCUGCACGAAUGGGAUUUCGUCAGGAUCCUGAUUUUGCACCUCUCAUAAAUAUGUUUCCUGGGUCAGCUGUGACUGAUGCUGGACUGCUGCCAAAAUCUACCAAAGUUCCAGUUCUGCGAUUAGAUGCCCAGGGGCGAGAAAUAGAUGAGCACGGCAAUGUUAUUAACAAACCCAAGGCGACAAAUCUUAGCACAUUGAAGGUUAAUAUAAAUAAGCAGAAGAAAGAGGCUUUUCAGAUACUCAGACCAGAACUUGAUGCUGUUCCAGAGCAGAAUGCACAUUUUGAUACUGGUAUAGGUAUCAAUAAAGAAAAGCUGUUGAGGCCUAAAAGGGCAUCAUUUCAGUUUGUGGAGGAGGGAAAAUGGUCAAAGCAGGCAGAGGUUAUGAAAAUCAAGAAUCAAUUUGGAGAAGCCCAAGCAAAGGAACUGAAGGUAAAGCAGUCACAGCUUGCAAAGGCAAAGGCUGAACCUGAUGAUAACCCAAAUUUAAUUGCAAUUGGCGAGAGAACUUUCAAAGAGAAAAAGAAGGAUGAAAUUCCUGAAUUAGAAUGGUGGGACAAAUCAUACUUACCUUCUGGUACCUAUCAAGAUAUUUCUGAAGAUAAUUUGAACCUAGAGAAGAUAACCAUCUAUGUCGAGCACCCUCGUCCAAUCGAACCGCCAGCAGAGCCUGCUCCACCGCCGCCCCAGCCUUUGAAGUUAACCAAGAAAGAGCAGAAGAAACUCAGGACACAGAGAAGACUUGCCAAAGAAAGAGAUAGGCAGGAGAUGAUAAGGCAAGGUCUGAUUGAACCCCCAAAACCCAAAAUAAAGAUGAGCAACCUCAUGAAAGUCCUUUCCUCUGAGGCUACCCAGGAUCCAACCAAAAUGGAAAAGGAAGUUAGAGCUGCUGCACUUGAGCGUGAGCAAGCUCAUAUGGAUAGAAAUAUCGCCCGCAAGCUUACUCCACAAGAGCGCCGUGAGAAGAAAGAGAGAAAGCUCUUUGAGGAUCCUUCCAUGCUUGAGACUUUUGUUUCUGUCUACAGAAUUGAUGACCUUUCACAUCCUCAAACACGCUUUAAGGUUGAUGUGAAUGCCCAGGAAAACCGCCUCACGGGAUGUUUGGUGAUAUCUGAUGGUCUGAGUGUCGUGGUUGUUGAAGGGGUCCGGAAAUCCAUUAAAAGGUAUGGUAAGCUGAUGCUGAAGCGAAUUAACUGGGCAGCUGCUGUUGCAGAUGAUGAAAAUGGAGAUGAGGACAAGGCGGCUCGUCUUAAUAAGUGUGUUCUUGUAUGGCAGGGCAGCACGGCUAAGCCAAACUUUAAUAGAUUCCUUCUGCACCAGUGCAGAAGUGAUGCUGCUGCCCGAAAAGUGUUUGCUGAUGCUGGCGUUCCUCACUAUUGGGAUUUGGCUGUUAACUUCUCGGAUGAAUUAUCCUGAAACUUCGAAGGGCGAUUGUUAAUUUUAUGUUGGAAAGUUUUGAUUAAUGAUUUAAGGUUUAAAUAUUACUUCUGCUGUGACAAGGUGCUCCUCUAUAUUAAGAACAAUAACAUGAUUAUGUAAUCUGCAGUUGAGAUGAAAUUGUGGUUUUUGGUAUCAUUAGUUUAAAGCGUGGUGUUCUGAAUGAGGCGGACCUUUCAGUAUUGGGAUGUGCUUGUAACCAACUGAAAUUGCUUCUAUUUUGCGUCAGCAAACUUUAAAUGCAAAUGAUAUUUGAGACUA